UCCUCCUCUCUGCAAACAGAGGAGUUGCACGAGCGGCAGUGGGCACGGCCCAACCCACAGCACGGCACGCAGCGGGGCCGGCGGGAGGCUGCGGCACAGCCCUGGCGCAGCCAUGGGGCAGAAGUGCAUGGAGAAGGUGUCCUCCUUCCUCUUCGAGUAUGACACCCCCAGGAUGGUGCUGGUGAGGAACAAGAAGGUGGGACUGACCUUCCGGCUGAUCCAGCUCAUCGUCCUGGCGUACAUUAUCGGGUGGGUUUUCCUCUAUGAGAAGGGCUACCAGUCUCAGGACAGCAUCGUCAGCUCGGUCUCGGUGAAGCUGAAAGGCCUGACGCUGACCAACGAGAGUGUCAUGGGCCCUCACAUCUGGGAUGUGGUGGAUUAUGUCUUCCCGCCCCAGGGGGACAGCUCGUUUGUGGUGAUGACCAACUUCAUUGUCACCCCUGGACAGAAACAAGGAACCUGCCUGGAGCUGCCGGACGCCGGGCUCUGCACGCAGGACAGCGACUGCAGCAAAGGGAAAUACAGCCGCCAAGGACAAGGGCUCAUGACGGGCAAGUGUAUGCAUUUCAACAGCUCUGUGAAGACCUGUGAGAUCUUUGGCUGGUGCCCCGUUGAAGUUGAUGACCAUGUUCCCAGCCCUGCCCUGUUGUCGGAAGCGGAGAAGUUCACCUUGUUCAUCAAGAACAGCAUCACCUUCCCCAGGUUCAAGGUGUCCAGGCGCAACUUGGUUGAGAGCGUUACCAAACAGUACCUGAAGAAAUGCACCUAUCACAAAGUCACCGAUUCCUUAUGCCCUGUGUUUGACCUGGGAUACAUAGUGAAGGAAUCGGGUCAGAAUUUUACCUUCCUGGCUGUGAAGGGGGGAGUGGUGGGCAUCACCAUAGACUGGAACUGCGACCUCGACUGGCCCGUCCGGUACUGCAAACCCAUUUACCAGUUCCAUGGCCUUUACAAUGAUGACAGCAACGUUUCACCAGGCUUCAACUUCAGAUAUGCCAAAUACUACAAAGAAGGCGGGACGGACAAGAGGACACUCUACAAGGUGUUUGGGAUCCGGUUUGACAUUUUGGUGAAUGGCAAGGCAGGCAAAUUUGACAUCAUCCCGACCAUGACCACAAUUGGUUCUGGAAUUGGUAUUUUUGGAGUGGCCUCUGUCCUCUGCGACCUGCUCCUGCUGCAUUUUCUCCAAGGACGGGACUAUUAUAAGCAGAAGAAAUUCAAAUACGCGGAACAGGAGCCUUCGAAGUUGCAUAAGAAGGAAAAGGAGCUGGACAACACACAGUGAGAGAAUCCACACUGACCAACAAACCUGCACCCUCUUCCUCCUCCUCCUCCUCUCCUAAAACAUGGUCGUCACUCCCUGUCACCACCCUGUGCCAGCCCCAAGGCCAGCAGGAGCAGCAUCUGACACCGGCUCAUGGGAACUUGGUGCCCUGCAGCCAGGGCAGGGUCCGGCUGGCCGGGCGCCCUGCCUCUGGUGGGACACGCUGCGAUGCCACGGGUGGGUUAAACUAAGGGACCCUCGGGGCCCUCCACCAGCCUGCUGCAGGGCACUGGGGUCUGCCGCCUUCGCAGGCACUUCUGAAGGGCUCCCGCGGCACCCUGCCUGGUGUGCCAGGGCCGUGCCAGGGCAUCCUGCACCUGAAGCCCCUGGGGAGAGCACCGCUGCCUCUCCUUCCCCAGCGGGAAUCCUUGGACAGCUCCAAAUUGAGGAGAGGGGGAGGGAAGGAGAGCUGGCAAGAACCAUGCCCAGUCCCUCAGCAUGGGAGAAAAAUGGUUAUUUUGUAAGGAUGUAUUUUAUUUAAAAGAAUAAACCUUUAGUUUUU